AUGUCCUUCCAGCCUCUGAUCUCCCAUCGCUACCCCAACGAGACGCUCGUCUACCAUGGUUAUUUGGGGUGCUCUCCUCUAUAUCCAUCGGUUGCCAUUUCCAUCCGAACCCUCGCAACUUAUCGUCAAUACCAUCGAACUUGCCCACGAUUUAGUAUCCAGGCACAGUGCAAAGUGCUGUGCCAUCUUCACAAUAUGCCAUGUCGACCAUACCUAAAUUCACAAUUCUCAGAUGCAUAUGAUGUAUAUCUUGAGAUUUUACAUCGUGUUGAUUGCCGCUUAAACGAAGUACUCAAGCGCAACACUCCCAAUUGGCGGAUACUAAAUGCAUGCCCAUGUUGUUCCUACAAACUCGACGAGGAGGCGCCACAGGUGAUAGACCGGCUUUUCUCCAUCAAUGGCAAUAACAGUCUCAAAAGAUGGGCGUCUUUGACUUACGGCCUUACCCCACGGGUAGAUCCUCGACAAGCUCGUUCUGAUUACUGGUUCAAGGAUACAGUGAGAAGAUCAGAGUUGACCCAACUAAAUUUGAAUAUACAGGAUGACUGGGAAGAUCAAGUCGCGAAGCCAGUGGAACCUGAGUUGACCUUCAAUUGUACCGAGCGGUGGCGAAAUGCUGGGCCCGAGCAGCGGAAAAAGAUGUUUGCUGUUUUUGAUGAGUCUGGCAUCUUUGUUGCUACGUGCCGGCAUCGAUUUGUACUUCUCAUGUGCGAUAUGGUUCGGAGCGGUGAGCUAGCAAAAUAUCCUUUGGCUCUUAUGAGUCAACUGCUGUCUGUCUUUGGAGCGAAUGCUGGCUGUGCCUACGAUAUUGGCUGUGCGUUUUCCAAGACGCUAGGCAACAGCAGUCUUGGCCCCCUUGCCCAAUCCCUUAAUUUGCGCAUGAUGGUCGGUGUGUUUCACGGUCAUGCUCACAAUCGAAGGUGCCAACUAGAUUGGCACCCGAUGUACAUUGAAGGAACUGGACUAACUGAGGGUGAGGGAUGCGAACAUGUAUUCUCCUCUUCAAAUGAACUUGCACGAGGCACAAGACACGCGUCUCGAUUCCAUCGACAUCAAACACUUGAAGAGCAUUUUACCUUCUGGGACGACGACAAAUACGCAGCAUUGACACUGUCUCUCGUACACACGCUCACGGCUGAACUUUUGGCUGUGAAACAAGCCCUCAACCUGACCGAUGCUGAUUUCAUCCGGUUCCAUGCUGAUGAAAGGUCAUACCUUGAAUCUCCUAAAGAGCCGCCCCUCCAAGAACAUCUUCAAAUCCGCUAUGUCCAAGUCCUCGAUGAGUUAGCUGAACGGCGGUGGGUCCCACUGGUUCUUAAGUCAUAUUUCAUUUCCGUCACUUACAUUAUAACAGCACGAAUUCGAGUUGAUGCAGCUUACUCUAAGCUCCAGAAUGCCGAGGCCUUCACCAGCCAUAUCAAAAAUCAGCUUGCGAUAGAAGAGCGCUGGAUAGUAGGAGAUCACAAUUAUAUGAAAUACAAGGAAGAGGCAUCACUACAGAGGUAUCGUGUCGCUCUUGAUGAGUUAGAGCGUCUUGUUGUGAUGCGUCUAUUUGAGUUGUCCAAACUCUCACUUUCUGGCACCGGAUACAAGCUACGGCAACAGAUCGGAAAGGCAUUGCAGAGACGCUCGGACACGAUUCGGAACACCAUCAAUAAGUAUAAUAAUCAGGCUGUUGCCCUUGAUCCCCCCCGGCUGCAGUUAUCAUGGAAGGAUAUAGCUGACUACAGCUUCCUGGGAGAGUUCGAUCUCCUUCGUUAUUCUCGCACCGACAUUCAUGAAGUUGACUGGUCCCACAGUCCUGCAACUCCAGAUCUUCCACUCCAUCCAAGUCAUCAGCUGUGA